AUGUUUGUCAUCACAGACAAGCCUUCCAGAGAACUUGGAGAAGAAAUGCAUGGCACAGCUCAUGGAUGUGCACCUAUAGAACAAGCUGAUUUAGGGGGUCGGGGGUACCAUUUCUCCAUAUUAAAGAAUCCACUUUUCCAUCAAAAUCUGAGCUCUUAGCCUUGCACUAAGAUGACAGAAGCCAAAUUACCCUCCUUUUCCAACUAUGGACUGCAAUGGUGUUUCAAGCAGCUAAGCAAGGAAGAGUUUCAGACAUUUAAGGAAUUGCUCAUGGAAAAAGCUUCAGAGUUGGCAAUGUGCUCUUUUCCAUGGGUUGAAGUGAACAAUGCCAAUGUGGAACAUCUAGCCUCCCUCUUGCAUGAGCAUUAUAAAGAAUCUCUUGCCUGGAAAAUAUCCAUUCACAUCUUUGAAAAGAUGAACCUGUCCACACUCUCUGAGAAGGCAAGGAAAGAGAUGAAAAAAUAUUCACUGCCUGAAAUACCAGAAAACUCUACACAAAUGAAGAAUGACCAAGAACCAAGCAUGAAAGAAGUGCCAGAAAUUUCACAAGCUAUAGAAGAUGGUGCCAUAGCCGCCGAGACAAAAGAAGAAGGCCGUGGAGAUAACACAAGGGACUACAAGGGCUACGUGAUGAUAAAAUUUGCUACAGAAUUGGAUGAAUACCGUGGUUUUGAAAACCUUGCCUCUGACUGUCCAGAAAUGCAAACAUUGCUUGGUGCUUUUAAUCCAGACCAGAGGGGCUUCCAGCCUCGCACUGUGGUUUUGCAUGGAAAAUCAGGAAUUGGGAAAUCCACUUUGGCCAGAAGGGUCCUGCUGUGCUGGGCACAGGGUGACCUCUUCAAGGGCAUGUUCUCCUAUGUCUUCUUCCUCUGUGCCAGAGACAUGCAAUGCAUGAGGGAGGGCAGCUUUGCAGACUUAAUUUCCAGAGAGUGGCCAGACUCCCAGGUUCCAAUGAUGGAGAUCAUGUCCCAACCGGAAAGGCUCUUGUUUGUUGUUGAUGGUUUCGAUGACCUGGACUUCGCCUUCCAAGACGAUGACACAAAUCUCUGUGAAGACUGGGCGGCUAAACAACCCAUGUCUGUUCUGAUGCAUAGUCUGCUGAAGAAAGUCCUUCUCCCUGAGUCCUCCCUGAUGAUCACCAUCAGAGACACGGGCAUAGAGAAGCUCAAAUCCAUGCUCACGUCACCCCGUUACCUCUUUGUUGGGGGCAUCUCUGUGGAGAAAAGGAUCCAGUUGCUCCUUGGGCACAGGAAGAAUGAGCAUCAGAAGACACAAGUCUUGCAUUUGGUGGUGGACAACCACCCGUUGUUGGACGAGUGCCAAGUCCCCAUCUUGGGGUCGCUCAUCUGCGAUGCUCUGAAUCUACAGGAGGCAUCGGGAAAGAGCCUUCCCCCUACCUGCCAAACUCUCACGGGUUUAUAUGCCACUUUUGUGUUCCAUCAGCUCACUCCACGAGACGCCUCCCGGCACUGUCUCAACCAGGAAGAGAGAGCCGUUUUGAAGAGUGUGUGCCUCAUGGCUGUGCAAGGAGUGUGGAACAGGAAGUUUGUGUUUUAUGGAGAUGACCUCGGUGUUCACAGACUCAGAGAGUCUGAGCUCUCCGCUCUGUUUCACACGAACAUCCUCCUCCAAGACCGUGGUGGCGACAGGUGCUACAUGUUCCCUCACGUCAGCCUCCAGGAGUUCUUUGCUGCCCUGUACUAUGUUCUGGAAGGACUGGAAAUGGAGAGGGACCCCUACCCUGUGUUCAUGGAGAACAUGAGGAGUUUGGUGGAGCUCAAACAGAUCAGCUCUGAUGCCCACCUGUUCCAGAUGAAGCGUUUCUUGUUUGGCCUCAUGAACAAAGAAGUGACGGGGGCUCUGGAAGUCCUGCUUGGAUGUCAUGUUCCCCUGGCAGUGAAGCAGAAGCUUCUGAGCUGGAUCUCUCUGCUGGGGCAACAGGCCAGCACCCCCGCCCCAGCAGACUCACUGGACGCCUUCCACUGUCUUUUCGAGACUCAAGAUGAAGAGUUUGUUCGCUUGGCAUUGAACAGCUUCCAGGAAGUGUGGCUUCCGAUAAACCGCCGAAUGGACUUGAUGGUGUCCUCUUUCUGUCUGCAGCGUUGCCAGUAUUUGCAGAAAAUUCGUAUAGAUGUCCACGAGAGCUUCUCAAAGGAUGAGUUCACUGAGGCACAGCCCCUCAUUCCUCAAGGGACGCCGAUUAAGACCCUUGCUGAUGAGUGCUGGAAAAGUCUCUGCUUCGUACUCAGCACCCACCCAAGCCUGCGACAGCUGGACCUGAGUGGCAGUAUCCUGAAUGAAUGGGCCAUGAAGACCCUCUGCAUCAAACUGAGGCAGCCAACCUGUAAAAUACAGAAUCUAAUAUUUAAAGGUGCGCAGGUUACCCUGGGCCUUCGUCAUCUCUGGUUGACUCUCAUUACCAACCGUAAUAUUAAAUACCUGAACUUGGAAAGCACUCACCUGAAGGAGGCAGAUAUGAUGAUGGCGUGUGAAGCGCUAAGACACCCAAACUGCUUGCUGGAGUCUUUGAGGUUGGAUCACUGUGGACUAACGCCCGCCUGUUGCCUGGUGAUUUCCCAAAUCCUUGUUACGUCCAUCAGCCUAAAAUCUCUCAGCCUGGUAGGAAAUAAGAUGUCAAACCAGGGCAUAAAGCCGCUCUGCAAUGCCUUGACUGCCUCACAGUGCACCCUGCAGAAGCUGAUACUGGGGAGCUGUGGCCUCACAGCUGCCGACUGCCAGGACCUGGCCUCAGCCCUCACCAGCAACCAGAGUCUGACGCACGUGUGCCUGUCGAGCAACAGCCUGGGGAGUGAAGGCGUGAAUCAGCUGUGUCAAGCCAUAAAAGUGCCCACCUGUGGGCUACAGAGGCUGACACUAAAUGAAUGCAACCUGGAUGUCGCCAGCUGUGGCUUUCUUGCGUUUGCACUUAUGGGCAACAAACAUCUGACGCAUCUGAGCCUUAGCAUGAACCCCGUGGAAGAUGGUGGGAUGAACCUUCUCUGUGAGGUCCUGAUGGAACCAUCUUGUCACCUCCAGGACCUGGAACUGGUUAAGUGUCAUCUCACUGCUGCCUGCUGUAAGAAACUGUCCCAUGUGAUCACAAGGAGCAAACACCUGAAGAGCCUGGAUCUGGCGGUGAAUGCCCUGGGUGAUGAAGGCAUCAUAGCGCUGUGCGAGGGGCUGAAACACAGGAGGGCUUCUCUGAGGAGGCUCGGGUUGGAGGCGUGUGGACUGACUUCUGGCUGCUGUGAGGCCCUCGCCUCGGCUCUCCUCUGCAGCCAGCGCCUGACCAGCCUGAAUCUGAUGCAGAACAAUUUCAGCCCCGUAGGAAUGAUGAAGCUGUGUCCCGCCUUUGCACAACCCACAUCUAACCUACAAAUAAUCGGGUUGUGGAAAUGGCAAUAUCCCACUCAAAUACGGAAGCUUCUGAACGAGGUCCAACGACUCAAGCCACAGAUCAUAAUUGGUGACAGUUGGUAUUCUUUUGAUGAAGAUGACCGGUAUUGGUGGAAAAACUGA